UGCAUUUUUAUUUAUAAUUAUAUUUUUCAAAUUGUUUGAUGUUGUAAAUAACUUCAACUUUCAACCAAACAACUCAACUCAUUUCAGCAGCAUACCUACUUUUGUUUUGUGUAGAUGUAGAAUUUAUUAAUGUUAAUGUUUAAGAACAAAAAUGUCCAACUCUGGUGGUAGAAGAAAAGAUUUAAUUUGGUUAUAUUUUGAUGAACUAAAAAAUGAUAAAAAGAAAGGAUGCAGGGCUAUAUGUAAAAAAUGUAAACAAGAAAUGGAAGGUCAAGUUCUAAGAAUGAAGAAACAUGUAGGAACAUGUAGCAAUCUUGAUUCUGUUAAUGAUUCUAUUGAUUGUGAUGAUGAUGUGUCAAACUCAAUUUCCAGUGCUUCCAGUUCUUUAGAUUCUUCAAGCAUACAACCAACUACAAGUGAAAUCAGGUCUCAAAAAAGGAAAAGAGAAGAUAAAAUUCUGGACAAUUUUUUUAGCAAAUCGACACCAGCUCAAAAACAAAAGUUUGAUGAGCAAAUUGCCAGGUUCAUUUAUACUACAAAUGAAGCAUUUCACACUGUGGAACAUCAAGAGUUUAUUAAAAUGGUUCAGAAAUUUCG